AUGCCUCUUUAUGCUAGGUUCCUUAAAGAGCUUAUCAACAAGCAGAGAAGUUGGAAUGAAAAGGAGACUGUGAUCCUGACACAAGAAUGCAGUGUAGUGAUUCAAAAAGAGCUCCCACCAAAACUCAAAGAUCCUGGGGGUUUCAUCAUAUCAUGCACUAUAGGCAAUAUGACUUUGGAAAAAGAUCUCUGUGAUCUAGGUGCUAGCAUCAAUUUGAUGCCACUUUCACUGAUGAAAAAGAUGGCAAUAGAUAAAGUCAAACCCAUCAGAAUGUCACUUCAAAUGGCCGAUAGAUCACUCAAGAUACCUAAUGGUGUUGUGGAGAAUUUGUUAGUGAAAGUAGGAAAAUUCAUAUUCCCUGCUGACUUUGUCAUUUUGGACAUGGAGGAAGAAGGACAUAACUCAAUCAUCUUGGGGAGACUCUUUUUAGCCACAGUAAGAGUUAUAAUUAAUGUGGAGAAAGGAGAAAUGACCCUCAGGGUGCAUGAUGGAAAAAUGAUCAUCAAUGUCUUUAAAGUCAUGCAAUACCCCCCUGAGAAAGAGAAGCAUAUGAGAGUAGAAAUGGUAGAAGUAGAAGGGAUGUUACUUGAAGCAAAUGAUCAGGAAGAAUAA